CCUCUGCCCCACGGUUUCGCUCAAAACCAUCGCCUGCGUCAACGAACCUUUGCGAUACAGUAGCCAUUAGAGUUAGCUGGGAAGGCAUCGAAGGGAUCGCAGCUUACAGCGAACACAGAAACUCCCAUCUUUCGCAUCCUUUCCCUCCGCUCCUACCGGAAACCAUUGUAGAAGUGGAUGGAGUCUGAUCUAAGUUCCCUUCGAAUAACGUCUCUUGACGAGGAAGGACUAGAAGAUGAAGGAAUGGAAGAUUUUGGCAUGGGAGAACAGGAAGAUGAUGAGGAUGAUGAGGACGAUGAGGCAGAGGUCGAGCUUACUCUAGGAUUUGUUGAAAAGCCCAAGAACCCUUGUCUGCUUCUCCGUCAUCUUUUUCCCAGCAAGGCAGGAGGCGUCCCUGCGUGGCUGGACCCGUCGGAUCUUCCUUCCGAGAAAUCUUCCACGUGUGGGUUCUGCGGGGAGCCACUUCAAUUCCUUCUUCAGAUUUAUGCUCCAAUUUCUGACAAGGAGUCUACUUUCCAUCGGAUGCUCUAUGUCUUUAUGUGCCCUUCGAUGUCUUGUCUGCUAAAGGACCAGCAUGAACAAUGGAAGCGCAAUGAGGAAAAUCCCUGUAGAAGCGUGAAGAUUUUCCGUUGUCAGUUGCCUAGAUUGAAUCCUUUCUACUCGAGUGAGCCUCCCAAGCAUAACUGCACUGACAAACCUAUCACGACUGGAGCUCCAUUGUGUUGUUGGUGUGGGUCAUGGAAAGGGGACAAAGUGUGUGGUAGCUGCAAAAAAGCUCGCUACUGCUCUGCGAAACACCAGUCGAUGCAUUGGCGGUUAGGGCAUAAAAUCGAGUGUUGCAAGCUAAUGAAUUCGUUAAAAUCUUCUGCAUCUCGCGUCGUUAAUGGUAAAUCAAUACAAGCAACAGAAAAAUAUGCCAGCAAUAGCUUAUGGCCUGAAUUUGAGAUCAUAAUUGAGGAGGAAUGCACAGUUGAUACAGAAAUUUCUGAAGAUAGCAGAUCUCUUUCCUCUUUGGCACUUACAAGUAGCAGAAUGGAUGAAACAUAUCAACUUUUAUCUGACAAAUUUGAGGCUGAUACUGAUAAAAAGGUUUGGGCAUCAUUUCAAGAACGCAUUGCUAAAGCUCCUGAGCAGGUGUUGAGAUAUUGCCGGGAUCUGGUUGCCAAACCGUUGUGGCCUUUGUCAAUUGGGCGGCCAUCUAAAGCAGAUAUUCCCAGAUGCAGCUACUGUAAAGGCCCUCUUUCCUUUGAAUUUCAGAUUAUGCCUCAGUUGCUCUUCUAUUUCGGCGUAAAUAAUUAUCCUGAUUCCCUUGAUUGGGGAACUAUUGCCGCGUACACUUGUUUGGCUUCGUGCGAUGCUAGCAUAAGCUAUAUGGAGGAAUUUGCAUGGGUUCAGCUAUAUCCUACCGCAACAGUAGUAUAAUUCAUUAGGGGCUAACCCAGAAUUAUUCUGCUUAUUACUUCUUGCAAUACGAGCCGUGCAGUCGCCCCUGUGCUUCUACGGACAAUCUGAUUCAUUUUAACAGCCGUUUUUGCUGCAUCUUAAGGGUGGUGGUUGUUUUAAAUGCUAUAUUAGAUAGCGAUGCUAUUUAAAUAAUUGUAUUAUUCAAAUAA